GGAGCACCAAGGAGAGGGUUGCUGGGGACUGCCGGGGUGGGUGGGGGGGGUGCUGGGUGCUACCUGUUGGCCAAGGCCUCCUGCACUAACACGGCUCCUUGUCCUUUGCUCACAGGCCUGCCGAGUCAGGGCGGACAGUGCCCUCCCCAGGCCCCGGUGCCGCCAGAGGGAGCAGGAUGGAGCAGGCUUGUCCCCACCAGCCCUAGCUCUGAGCACCGCCCGGCUGUGCCAGGCCUCCCGCGACUGCCAGCCGUGCGUGCGUGUGCGCCUGGCCCUGCACACCGCAGGGCUGGGGCGUGUCUGUGGGCUGCAGCUGGAUUUCCUGGUGCUGGGCUCCAACAGGGCCAACUGGCUGCGGGUCUGGAGGCAGCCCCCGGAGGCUGCAGGCUCCCUGUGGCAGGUGCAGUUUGACUGUUUCCCGGUGGAGAGCGGGCGCCGUGUUCUGGUCUCGCUUGGCACCGUCCCUGACCGGGGGCUGAGCCUCAACCAGAGCCACCUGGUCCCUGCAGAGCCGGCAGGCCCCAAGUUCAGCUACGCCUGGCGCCCGGAGGCACGGGCCAUUGAGGUGUCGGUGCCCGAGGGCCCUGCCCUGACCGUGCGGCUGUGCCACCAGCUGGCCCUGGAGUGCGAGGAGCUGUCCACCCCCUUCCCCCGACAGGCGUCGGUGUCUCGGGGUCACAGCGUUGUGCUGCCCUACGAGUUCCUGGUGCCCUGUCUCUGCAUUGAGGCCUCCUACCGGCACCGCGACAGCCUGCGCACCAAGCUGUGCCCUUUCCAGCCCCAGCCGGAAGCUUAUGGCUCCGAGCUGUGGGCGUCCAUGCAGUUCCAUGACUACAGCGCCAGCAGUGAGGCCAACAUGGUCAUGGUGCUGAGUGCCCGUUGCCCGCUGCACCCGACCGCCACCCUGUGCUGGAAGGAGAGUGACACGGGGGCCUGCCACAGUGUCCCCAACUCCACAGCCAUGGAGUCCAACCAGGUACACAAGCACGCGGCCCAGGGCACCGGCUCCGGCGCCAGUCUACAGCGGGGGGGAGCCAGCUGCCUGCUCCCGGAGGGACGCCUGUGGGGGGCUUGCGCUGCCAGGACUGAGCCGGCCUGGGAGUUUGGCGAAAGCCUGGGUCCUGCGGUGCCAGUGCAAUCGCGAGCCCCUCCCGAGCGCCGAGCCCAGCGACACUCAAACUGAUGCACCUCAGGACUUGCAGCGUGAAGGGAAGAGCCCCUGUGGGCCGGGAGAGGGCCUCAGCACCCCAAGAAGAGCAGGGUCCCCCAGCUCUCAGAACACAGGGAAAGGGGGAAUUCAGGGCUGACAGGCCCACCCCACCCCCUCUGC